AUGACUAAGAAAAGGAAGACAACACAUAUUGGCAAUGGAGAAGAAGAUUCACAGGCACAAAUUGGAAAAGAGCUAUCAAAAGGAACACUUGCGCAACGUGCACGACGAGAGCGAGAACGAAUUUUAAAGCAAAUGCUUGGUGGGGAUUUUCGUCAAAUUUUGCCAGUUGUACCCAAAGGAGUUCAUGAGGAAAUUGUUAAUGCAUCACUUAGGUGUUCUGAUCUGUGGGAUGAUAUAUGUGUCUUGACAUUAAAUUUGAACAUGCGAUUGAAUACAACAGAUCCUGCAAAUGCUGUUUUUGCAGAUUUUUUGAUGGAGGUUGGAACAAACCCUCGAGAAGUGAUGCAACUUCCAUCGACAAUAGGUAGAUGUCAAAAUCUAAAUGAAUUAUUGUUGAGAGUUUAUCCCCAAUUGGAUGUGACAAAUACAUCAACCCCAACAUUUUUAACUGAACGCACGAUUCUCUUUGCUCGGAAUGAUGACGUGAAUGCAAUAAAUGGAACUGCACUAAAUAUUUUCUCAGGGAAAUAG